GAACGGAUUUUACCGUGGCAUUUUCCAGGAGAUAACAGAUUUUCGAGACAUCCGCUUUCCAUUCCAUUCGGGGCUGAAUCGGUAUUAUUCAUGAAAUCAGUUUGUUUUCAUUCGUUGCGCGUUUAACAUGCCCGUCUCAUGAAAUUUGGUACUGGGAGUAUCGAAGCUCGGCAACGAGAAACCGGCAUAAAGUAUAUAGUGCGAUUUACAUAUAUAGUGUGUAGUUGUGUUUUGUAUUUGGAAGUGACCGAGGGUUUGAUGAGAUAGAAUAAGUAGUAAUCUGCAAGUGAUUUGAAUGCAUAGUUUAUUUAUCAAAUAUUUCCGAAAAGCACCAGUUUGUUCUGAUCGUGUUGUAGUUGUUGUGAAAUUUCACUCGAAGGUCCUUGAAGGAAAAUGUAAGAAGUGGUGGUUGAUGUGCUGUCAGUGAUCGAAACAGAGUAGUUGAAAUUAAUUUCGAUGCAAUCGCUGGAAGCCAUAAACACAGAUUGAAGGAUAAAUGUACUCCGCACAAAUCAACAGCGCAUCUCACUAGGAUCUAUGGAUUAAUUGCUUUGAAAACUCUAUCACAUUUCUAAUGGAAAUUCGGAAGGACCAUCCAUGCUAAACUUAUUCUUAUGACUAGGAAAUAACAAUGUCCGACUCAAUUUUUUCUGAUCAUCAUCAUUUUUAAGCGUUUUGACAGUGUGAACCAAACAAGCUCAUUGAGUGGACCAAAACCAUUUCUUGGAGAUAUCUUUAUACAAAGUUUUUAAUACAGCACAGUUUUAUAUCUACUUUAUAAAUGAAUGCAAAGAAUCUACAUGCAUAUAUCAUCACGAGUGGCCAAUGUUUCCGAUCUUGUCUAUAAUUUCGAUGCUCCGAAGAAAGUAACCUUAAACGAAACAGAGCUUUAAUAAAACAUAACGGAAUUUAUGAAAAGUAAUGUCAAUUAAACCUGCAUUAUAUAUUAUUAUAUUGCUUGAAGUGAAAGAUAAUUUGGAGGAUUGUUUUUAAGAUUCGAAGGAGUAUGAACAUAUUUAUUUAGGAAUAAAAGUAAAUUUGUAUUCACCUAGGGAAUAUAUAAUGUUAUUUAUAAAUUUGUUACGUCAACGUAGUCCAAUAAUUGUUUAGUGAUAUUUACACGUGAAAAGUAUACCCGUAAUAGAAAUAUAUACACAUACCUAAAACUAUAAAGUAAUAGUAAUGAUAGUUCCAAUUAUCGAACAGUAUCAAUAAAUCGAAUAGGCGGCGUGAUUUAGUGUUGUUCAAGUGGCUACUAAAUCGCAUAUUUUGAAAUUAGUCAAUCGGAAAGUUAUACUAAAAUAAAUCAGUAUGUCUAUGUUCUUCUUCCGACUGCAUAAUCUCCAGCGCGCUGAGGAAACGAAACGGAGAAAGCGUGCAGAGCGCCAGCGUCAGCGACGUGGCGCCAAAGUAUUCAGAUGUGUCAGCGACUCCACUGGCCAUCUGACCUUAGCACCAUCGCGGCUCUUCGAAAAGACACCUAUGAGCCCUUCGGAUAGUUUGGACGAAAUCGCGCUGCAGAUACCAAGAGUUCGUGUCGAAUAUUACGUAAACGAAAACACAUUCAAAGAAAGACUGCAAUUAUACUUCAUUAAAAAUCAGAGAUCAAGUUUACGAAUACGAAUCGCUGAUCUAUUUUUUAAGCUCCUAACGUGUGUUCUGUACAUUGUGCGUGUGAUAACAGAUACUAAUCCGACAUUUGCUACAUGCUCGGGCUGUACAGUUGGCAAUAAGACAGAAUUUCUGGAAUCGGCCUUGUUGACUGAGGAAGCCUUCCAGGAAAAUCCGAUUAUUAAUUGGGAUGCUAUAUUAUGGGUGAAUCGUCCGACAUUUCUAUGGGCCAUACAAUUAGUUCUAGCAUUAGUAUCACUUACCGAGGCACUUUUACUUACAUACUUAGGAUAUAAGGGUAACAUAUGGCAACAAAUACUAUCUUUUCAUUUCAUACUUGAAUUAGUAACGACAAUACCUUUUGCAUUAACGAUACUAUGGCCGCCUUUACGACAUUUAUUCAUACCAGUUUUCCUGAACUGCUGGCUGGCGAAAAGGUCGUUGGAGAAUAUGUUCAACGAUCUUCAUCGUGCCAUGCAGAAAUCUCAGUCUGCCUUAUCACAGCAAUUGAUGAUUCUGUCGGCCACUUUGUUGUGUCUUGUGUUUACCAGUGUCUGCGGUAUCCAACACUUCCAACGAGCUGGCCAUCGCCACCUGAAUCUAUUCCAGAGCACAUACUAUGUGGUGGUGACCUUCUCAACGGUAGGUUAUGGCGAUUUCGUGCCCGAUAUUUGGCCAUCGCAACUGUAUAUGGUCAUCAUGAUUUGUGUUGCGUUAAUUGUCCUUCCUACCCAGUUCGAGCAAUUGGCCUUCACAUGGAUGGAACGGCAGAAGCUGGGAGGAAGCUAUUCGUCACAUCGUGCCCAAAGCGAAAAGCAUGUUGUAGUGUGCUCGACAACAUUGCACGCCGACACUAUAAUGGAUUUCCUGAACGAGUUCUACGCCCAUCCGCUUCUCCAGGAUUUCUACGUGGUGCUCCUGAGUCCCAUGGAACUUGACACGACGAUGCGAAUGAUCCUUCAAGUGCCUAUCUGGGCGCAGCGUGUCAUCUAUAUCCAGGGGUCCUGUUUAAAGGAUGGUGACCUGGCACGGGCGCGGAUGAAUGAAGCUGAGGCCUGUUUCAUCUUAGCGGCGAGAAAUUAUGCCGAUAAAACUGCUGCCGACGAACAUACAAUUCUGCGAUCUUGGGCUGUGAAAGAUUUUGCUCCUAAUGUUCCACAAUAUGUACAGAUAUUUAGGCCGGAACACAAGUUACACGUGAAAUUCGCCGAACACGUGGUAUGCGAGGAUGAAUUCAAAUAUGCACUUUUAGCGAAUAAUUGCACUUGCCCUGGUGCCAGUACCUUAGUAACUCUCCUAUUACAUACCUCACGUGGCCAAGAAGGUCAACAGUCACCGGAAGAGUGGCACCGACUCUACGGAAAAUGUUCAGGAAAUGAAAUUUAUCAUAUCGUUUUGGGUGAUAGUCGGUUUUUCGGAGAAUACGAGGGAAAAAGCUUCACCUACGCUAGUUUUCAUUCACAUCGAAAAUACGGAGUGGCUUUAGUGGGAGUUCGACCAGCGGAACUUCCGGAAUUCUACGAGGAUACAAUACUCCUGAAUCCUGGACCUAGGCAUAUUAUGAAAAAGGACGACACCUGCUACUAUAUGAGUAUAACCAAAGAAGAAAAUUCAGCCUUCGUAGUUAAUCAAAAUCAAACAACGACACCGGAAACAACAAAAGAUGUUAGAACAACAAUAAACAACAACACCACCACCAUGACCACAGUGAAUCCACAAAUGGCACCAGUGCCGUCUGUUUGUGUUCGUGUACCACACAGUCCUAGUUUAGACUCUGGUGCCGGUACACCUAUCAAAAGGCAUCCAUCUGACAGUGAUUUUACAACGUUAUCCGUCCCUACAGAACAUGCAACUUCAGUGGUGGUGUCUGAAUCGAAAACGAACAUAAAGGAAACAGCAACAACGGUGGUGGCAGCAACCCCCACGACACCGGCAACAACAAUAACGACAACAGCACAUUCCACCGUGACAACGGGGAACCACUUGGAUGUGCCACAACAAAGCAAUCCUAAUCUCCUUAGUCCUGACAUUUUGAAUCAGCGAAGAGGCAGUAGACGACCGUCAAUUCUUCCUGUUCCCGAUAUGUUCACAUCGUCGUCAUUUAGUAUAUCGGGCAACGAUGAUGGGGAUGAAGGUGACGAAAGUGAGGACGAGUUGGACGACGAUGUUCCUUGGAGAUCGCCAUCCGAGAAAAUAGCAAUCGUGAAAGGAUUCCCACCUGUGUCGCCUUUCAUUGGAGUCAGUCCAACGCUGUGUUACUUGCUCAAGGAGAAGAAGCCACUUUGCUGUUUACAACUUGCUCAGGUAUGCGAACAUUGUAGCUAUCGAAACGCCAAGGAAUAUCAGUGGCAAAAUAAAACAAUUAUCCUAGCGGCAGACUAUGCUUCAAAUGGGAUCUAUAAUUUCAUAAUUCCCCUCCGAGCACAUUUUCGAUCGAAAACGUCCUUAAAUCCAAUCAUCCUCCUUCUAGAACGUAGACCAGAUGUAGCCUUCCUGGACGCAAUUUCAUAUUUCCCAUUGGUGUACUGGAUGCUAGGAUCAAUAGACUGUUUAGAUGAUUUAUUGCGUGCUGGAAUUACAUUAGCGGAAAGUGUUGUAGUUGUUAAUAAGGAACUAUCCAAUUCUGCUGAAGAGGAUUCAUUGUCUGAUUGUAAUACAAUCGUCGCAGUUCAGAAUAUGUUUAAAUUCUUCCCGAGUAUAAAGAGUAUAACCGAACUGUCGCAAAGUUCGAAUAUGCGCUUUAUGCAGUUUAGAGCACACGAUAAAUACGCACUGCAUCUGAGUAAAAUGGAAAAGCGUGAAAAAGAGCGGGGCUCCCAUAUAUCAUACAUGUUUCGUUUGCCUUUCGCGGCAGGAUGUGUCUUCAGUGCAUCGAUGCUCGACACCCUCCUCUAUCAGGCGUUCGUGAAGGAUUAUGUGAUAACAUUUGUUCGGUUACUUCUAGGGAUAGAUCAAGCCCCCGGUAGUGGUUUUCUCACAUCGAUGAAAAUUACAAAAGAAGAUAUGUGGAUACGCACCUACGGACGACUCUAUCAGAAAUUGUGCUCAACGACAUGUGAAAUUCCAAUUGGUAUCUACCGAACUCAGGACACAUCUAGUGCAGAUGCAUCACAUGUGAGUACUUCACCUGUAGACAAGUGGGGACCAUUUUCAGCUUUUGGGAAACACUGUGUGCGAUUGCGACCGUCGUAUGACGAGGAAGCCGGUACCCCGGAUUCAACUAAGGAUAGCAACGAAGGCCUCCGCGGUGUCACUUAUCGUCCGCCAAUACAUCAUAAAUCUACCACAUGCUUAGGCGGUUGUACCGAUCGUAGAGGAUCAUCCUAUUCGAUAAACAUGACGGAUGAGGCACGCGAUAAUCAUGCCCAGCAAAUUGAACGCGCUGAAAUAGCGAAUCUAGUACGUAGUCGAAUGGAAUCCUUAAAUCUUCCAACAAUCGAUUAUGAUGAUGUUAGCGAAAAACGCAACCAUCUAUCAUAUGUUAUCAUUAACCCCAGCUGUGAUCUAAAAUUAGAAGAAGGCGAUAUUAUCUACCUUGUAAGACCAUCACCAUUUUCGGCACAAAAAACCUUCGAACGGCACAAUUCGCGUCGAAAGUCGAACAUAUCGUUCUGUUCGAAUAUAAAUCUUGGAGCCGCAUGUGGUCCAGGAGGGCCCGGUUCGAGACGUGGUUCCGGUCUAGGUUUAAAUACACUCCAGAGUGUUCAAACACUAUCUGGGUAUGGCACCCCACGUGGUACUCCGCCUAUUACUACUACAUUUAAAUCAAAUUCUCUUUCUCUACCCGACAGCCCUACAGUUGUUGGUCAGGCUCGCGGAAGAAGCAACUCAUUAAGGAUUGACAAUGAUAUUCUGUUACGACGAUCCAGUUCGUUAAGACAGGGCCUACCAAAUGUUGGCGUGAGCGGGAGGAGAAAGUCCUCAUUGGAGGAAAUUGGAAUUAGUCAUUUCACAACACUCAUGCAAGCUACGAAUCACACAAAUCCAAUCAAAAUCGCUCUGAAUGGUAGCAUUGGACUGGAGGUAACACCACCUGAAGAACCACUUCCAGUUCUUGGAGUACCUUGCAUAGGAGGCGUUAAUCCAGCAACGUUAGGAUCAACGCUAGGCGGAUCUUCACUUGGAAUCAAUACUGCCGAUUUAGGUAAUACAUCGCCUUUGCAGGUGCCGCAACAGGAGCAAUCUCAGUCCGCUGCACCAUCGCCACAGCAUCUGCAGGGGACAAUUGUAUGAUACAACCUAAUGUGGGGCCGUAGGCUCCGCUCUGCAGUUUCUAAAAACAAAUGGAUUUAAUAUUAGUCAAAGCAGUCUACGCCAAGCCACAGUAAAAAUAAAAACAAGUAAAAUAGUAACAGCACAAGAAACAGUAUGUUGAGUUAAUGUAGCUUUUAAUCCUUACGAGGUAUGAAUCCCUUUAUUUAGAAAAUUACAACAAAGUGAAAAGCCAUCUUCAGUACAUUCAAGAAAGUCUUAGAAGUUAUAUUUUAAAUAAUAAAAAUUCACAGGUUUCUGAAUGAAAGAGAAGUUAUCCCUUAUGUGAUCACCUACUUCCCUCAGUUUAUCUGUGAGGCAAUCAAGUCCCUUAGCAUUUUCUGCUAGAACCAUUAAUUGAAAUAAUUUAACUAACGACCAAAAAGUCACAAAAGUACCUUUUAUGGUUUUUCUUUCCUCUGAACCAUGUUAACUGUAAACCAUAAAGCUUUACAUUAUUUUUUAACACAUUUUGCCUUUACGAUGUACUUUUUAUGAUCCUGCUUAUUGAAUUUUAUUACUACAUGUAUAGGAUCUUUAGAGUUUAUUUUAUGCAAAACAAGUUGCAUUCCUGCCUUCAUUGUAUAGUCUUCUCAAUAAAAGCAUCUUUUAAAUACCUUCUUAAAAUUGGUAGCAAAAAUAUUAUCCUUUUUUAGAGAGAAAUAUAAUUAAAAAGAUAUAACAUCUGAUAUUCAGUGAAUAUUAGAUUUGAAGCGUUUUGGGAACAAAUUUGUAGAGAUCGUAACGACAUAGAAUACGUAUAACACUUUAAGUAAACUGAAAAGAACAAAAAUACCUUGAAAAAAAACAGUUAGUUACAAGAGAGGAAGUAAAUUAUUAAAAAAUUUGUAUAGAAGUUAUAAAUAUAAAAUUAAAUCAACCAAAUCAAUUGUAUAAUAUUAUAUUAUAGACAUGAAAGCACACAUAUGAACAUUAUUCUAAUAGUAUUUUGUUAUUAAAUUCGAAAAUAUUUCUUGAUUGCAAAAUAUAUGUAUAUAUAUAAUCAGAAAGUGCGAUACAUAUAAAUAGGGAAUUAGUGAAUAGAAUAAACUAAUUUAUCUCGACCUUUAUUCAAACCUAAAAAUUCCUUUUCAUUUCAAACUUAUUUCUUAGCAAUAUCAAAAUAUAUUUGUUAUUUAGUUUUUGUUUAUGAGGUUAUUGUAGGAUAUAAAUAAAUCAAUCUUUUCGUAGCAAAUUUAAAAAACUCUUCAUAGGAAAGGCAACGACACUAGUGCUCAAGAAAAGUCUAUUUAUCAUUUUCAUCUUUGGUUUCCAGUCUCUGAACUUCUUCGCUUGCUCGAAAUCGGAAAAAAAAGAUUGUUCUUAUCUUCAAAUGCAAUCAUAAUUUCCUUUAAUUCAACAUUUCGGGGAUUAAAUGCGUUGUUCCCUUUUUCAUUAGUGUUACGCUCUGCCUUGAAUCUCGCACCACAUAAGCCAAGAAAGCCAUUUAGACAAUUAUGACCUGACCUGAACAUAGUUUGGCCUAAUAGUGAUGGUUCAGGGAAAGUUUCGGUAUAUUCUUCUGUGUUAAUUGGAGAAGUUGCAUUGUCAUUCAAAUAUGCGUAUUCUUAAAAUUAACACUUGGCUAAAGGGUAUAUCAAAAAUUUCCUCAGAUUUAGCCAAUAGUAAGCUGUUUUCGGUCUGCUUGCUAUGAGCGAAGCAUAAAAGCGCAAAAUAGCUUUUUUGCAAGUUAAGUGAAGCAGUAGAAAUACAUUCGCCGAUAUAUUUUCCCCCAUUAUCAAGAAAGCAAAAUUUAAAAAAUUUUAAAAAUUUUACUCUGUAUAAUAUAAUUUCAUCAACUUCAUAUAACUUCUUCAAAGUUUCAUCUCAAAUUUCAAAAAAGUCAAAAUCUAAUUCGCGCGCGUAUCUUGUUGCAUCUCUGUUUUUUUUUUUCAGUUCAGAAGAUUCGAUACUACAGGGUGCGGCAGCAUAACUUCCUUUUUUCAAAACCCAGUAAAAACUAUUGUAUGCAUCGGAAAAUAUUUAUUUAUUUUUUAUAAUG